UGAGCAUUGUUUACUGAGCAAUCAAAGGGGCGGCUGGUAAACAACAUUAGUGAUCAGAGAAUGAGAAGAAAGUUAUUACAAAGGGUUUUCUUUAACGAGAAUUUCCCAGGCGGUUGCUAAUGUAUCUGUUUCCAGUAAUAGGGUUGAGACUACCAAGGAAACACAAGCAUUUGCUGUCUAGGGAAAAGAGGGGACUUUCUGUAAUAUUUAGCUUUUACUACUGCAGUGCCAUAAUAAAUAUACUUGUUUCUGAUAGAAUUGAUUACUUAUACUGGAUCCUCUAAAUAAAGAAGCAAGCCGAGAUGUUUAUCACAGUCCUUUAUGGAGAUAAUGAAGAAGCACUUUUUAACAUUAACUGCAAGGUUCAGCUACUUUUGGAAAGCAUCAAAACCUGCUGUCAUUAUGACAAUGAAGGUGAUGUUGAACUAGCAGAUCAGAGUGGGCAAGUUAAAAAUCUUUUGGAAAAUCCGCAAAGAUACGCAUCAGAACUUCUUAAUGAGCGGGAGACCUGUGUCCUUCUUUCUGUUACCAAAUUGCCUGGUUCAACGGAAGCUACAUUUACUCCACUGUUAAACGACGAUGAGAUUGUAAAUGCUAAAUUCCUUGCUAAAUUAGGAAACUGGGGUGAAUCUAGAGUCUCCAGCCGCAGGUCUAAAUCAAAAAAGGGCAACAAGAAAAAUGUAGUGCUUAUUUCUACACCUAUAGAAGUGAAACAGAACACAUCUCCCCGCAAACGUUCAACAAAAUCAUAAGAACUUGUACAAUCAUACUGUCAUAUAAAUACACUUCCUUGUAAAAAAUGCUGUCCUUGUUUAUGAGUAUUGAACAUAGCAAUAUUUAAAGGUCUGUGAUAUAUUGUAACAAUACUAUCUUGCUGUCUUACAGGUCUACAGAAAGCACACAACUAUUUAUUAUAUAUUUCCUUUUAUCGUAUGUAUUAAUAAUAAAUCUAAAGUUGUUAUAAUAAA